GGCCUCAGCCUGUCAUUGACUGGGGACCCACUGGGAAGGUCCAGUAGCCUGCUGUGCACCCAGGUGCGUCUCUCUUGUGAUCAUGACCAGCCAGGGUGGAUGGGCACAUAGAGAGAGGUAGCCCCAGAGCUGGCCUAUGCCACCGGCAAUCACGCUGGUGCCUGGCACACUUUCUGGAGUGUGGCUGACGAUCAAGAGAUGCUUCUGCGUGAGCGAAGGAGGGGGAUGGUGCCCCAGCUUUUUGAGUAGAAGGGAACUGGAUGUGGGUCAGCGAUCUCAUCAGUGGACAAGGGGACAGAGCCAUAGUCUCCUUCCUGGGCUCUGUUGAAGACAGAAGCCAGAGCUUUGGGCUGUUCCACAUGGUACUGAAAUGGCUGGAUGGCUGGGUCCACCACACAAGGCGUUCACUGUUCCCCAGGACAGUCGUGACCUCCCACCAGGUCACAACAGAGAAUGUCGGUGGCACAGGCGACCUGCCAAAGGUCACAGCUGUCACCCCAGAGAGGAGCGCUGGUCUGGAGUGGGACAGAGCUGGGAUCUGGCCUCAGCCCUACUUCUUCCUUGAGGUGUGGCCUGCGGCGGCUGGGCCUGACCUCUGUGUUAUGGAGCGGGAGAGCCGCAGAGGUGGCCUGAGUGUUCCUCUGCGGCAGCCCUGCCCUCACCUCACGGCUGGACUCCGCCAGGGUGGGGACGGCUCCGAGGGGUGGCACCUGCCUGUCUGCAGCAGCCCUGGAGGUCCACCGCUCGGACGGUGCCCCCUGGAGGCGCCGACAGAGGCAGCUCGGAAGCCCACCUGCCAGUGCGCUUGGCAGCCUCCCGGGGCUGCGGUGUGGCGGCGGCGGCGGACUCCCUAUCCAGGGAUGACAACGGGGACAACCUUAGAGCAUCGCUCAGCACUCAUGAGUAAAAGCCUCGCCUGGCUGGUGUCCAGCGCUGGGAAUCGCGCCAGGAUGGACGUUUCCACCUGGGAGGCUUCCUGCAGCUAGCAGAACCCUGGACCAGAGAGAAGAAGCUGGCGCUGGGCGGAGAGCACGGCUGGGAGCCUUGCCUGGUGCCUGGUCUGCCCUGAAUGAACCACGGCCAGGCGGACAGGGUUUCUGUGGUGAUGGCAGGUACAAACAUGCUGGCUUUUCUGAAGAGAUGGUAAUGCGCAAGGGUUGAAGAAGGGGGCCAGUCAGGAUGCCACCAAAAUGCUCCAGCCAGGAUCAUGGGGCCUGGACCAGGGUGAUAACAGCAGGGGGAACAGGCCUAGGAGGAAAACCGCGCAAAGGGACUCAGAAUCUCUCGGCAAUUCCUCCCAUGCACGGACAGGAAACUGCAGCUCAGAGAAGGCAGCUGACCCAUCUGAGGUCACACAGCCGAGGUUCAAGCCCAGGCGGUCCAGCUCUAGGCUCUGUGGCCCUUUGCAGCUUCUCGUCGGUCCUGGACACUUUGCUAGGCCUCCAACAGCUGUGCUAUGACUGCAGGCGGUGAGCACAGAGACUCUGCCCUCCCCCUCCCUUGGCAUCUUAGUGUGGCACUCACAGCGCCCCCCAGGCAUGGACCCCCUCCUGCCAUCCCCACUUAAAGUGAUACUUUAAUAAAUUAUGCUUUUAUGUUA